AUGAGCUCUCAAGAUGAACCACCUGUGAAGAGGCGUGAGUCACGAUCGGGGACAAGGAAAGUCUCGACCCUUUCAGUCGAACAGCUAGAGCGAAAGCGUGCCAACGAUCGAGAGGCUCAGCGGUCCAUCCGGCAACGCACCAAGGGGCAUAUAGAACAACUUGAAGGCCAGGUCUCCGUGCUGCAGUCGCAGAUUGCGGAAAUGCGGCUCCAAAACCAGCGGUUUAAUGAAGUUUUGCAGCACAAUGCCUUUCUAGAGAAUGAAGUGAUCCGAUUGAAACGCCAACUUGCUUUGUUGACUAGCCGACCGGAAUUUGCACCGAAUUUUCUAGGGAAGGCUCCGUUUCGAACUUUGGAACAAGCCUCGAACAGUGCAUUACCGGACAUCCCAACAACGGGGCAACCACUACUCUCUGCAACAUCCCACACUCAAAGACACUCGGAUUUAUUAGUAUCGCGUCGACCGUCUCAUCAGCAUGACUGGCAACAACCAUAUCUACCCACGAGAUCGCCGUCACUCGGCGCAGCCUCCAACCCGGAAUUCUCCAGUCGUAUGGAGUCAUAUCCUAUAGAUGGUCAAAUAUCUCAAGGACAACCAGUCUGCCCACCCCAGCAACAAUCCGAAUCUUCUUUCCCCCAGUUCACUUACAGUAGCCGCUCACAUUCCCUUUCGAGUGCCAGCCCUAUUCCUCAGCCAACUCCCGCCCCAGUCUACCAACCCUCCACAUCAACGUACCCGCAAUCGAUGCCUCAAACGCAACAAAGGGAUCCGACAUACGAGUAUCCAUGGGUGUAUCCAUCAUGA